CCCAUAUCACCAUCCGUUGCUACCCAAGAGUUUCCGACCUUCCGAAAGUCGAACAUCGGUACCUUGCUCUAGAAAACUCUGCUUCUCUAUUUCUGUCUUCCUCAACUCUCCCUGGACUCUCUGAAACUCAACGCCCUCUCUCUCUCUCUCUCUCUCUCUCUCUCUCUCUAUAUAUAUAUAUAUAUAUGGGUAAUUGGAAUCGGAGAUGGAUGCCGCGUAGAAGGUACCACCGAGAAGAUCCAGAUUCGUACCAUAGGCCCUACUACACACAAACUGAAUCUUCUGGACUUUGGCAAAGCAAUGUACCUUCAUGGGAAAAGCAAUUUUGCACAUUGGUGGGGUCAAUUCCAUGGCAGAAGGUUAUGGUUGCAAAAAGGUAUAUGAACUGCCAUGAUGACGUGGUGAAGUGGAAUGAUUCUGCUUCUGAAGAAGCAUUUAACAAUGCCAAAAAACGGUUUUGGGCAGCUAUUAAUGGUCUUCCGUGUGAUAUUCCUGUGCCUGAUCCGGACAUGUAUAUUGAUGAAAUUGAUUGGAAUCCUCAUAUUGAUCCUGAAUUGAUAUCUGACUUGGAUCAGGAAUAUUUCAAUCCUGAUGAAGGAGGAAAAAAUAAUAAGGUGGAGACUACAGACCAAAAUCCACACAACUCAGUUUCUGGCUGUGCUGUUGGAUGGCAUGGUAAUCUGAGUAAUGGUGACAAUCCUUGGGAAGGUUGUGAUCUGAAGGGUACUGAAGCUUUGAAGAAUGUAGCACAAGGUUGGAACCCAUGGGAUGACUCUAUCAGUGAAUCAAGGAAUUUAAAUAAUGUUGAUAAUCCUUGGGAGCAGAGCUAUACUCGAGUCAAUGUAUCAUUGGAGGAUAAUGCAUGGGGAAGUUGUAGGGAUAAGUCAUGGGGUUGGAACCAGCGACAAGCUUGUGAUCUGCAGUCAAAAACUUUUGACAGUUCUAGGGAACAUGACCGUCAAAAUGUAGGAUCUACAAAGGAGAAGGGAUGGGGCGAUGCUGGAAAUAAUUCUUGGAGUUGGGACCGUUGGGAGACCAAUGUUCUUGAGUCCAAAAAAUUUGGAAGUGGUGACACACCUUGGGCACACAAGGGUAAUGGAGGUGGAAAAGACAGAGGAUGGGGAGAUUGUGGCGACAAAACCUGGGGUUGGAAGCAGUUGGGGAAUCAAAAUAAUGAGCCAAAACAUUUGGACUCUAGAACAAAUGGAGGAGCUUGGGGAGCCUUGAGUGGUGGGUGCCGGAAGAGAGAAGCUUCUCAUCAGUAUUCAUCAAGGUACAAAAGGUCGAGGUUUCAAGGUGAUGACUAUGACACUGGCCAUCACUGGGGGAAGGGAAGAAGCCAGAAGAGGGUCAGUUUUGCAUGAGUAGCUGGGUUGGAUUGCAGGCCUUUCGGACAAAGGCCAAUGAAACAUGGUGAUCUUGAUUGCCUAUGCUACAAAGAUCUUAGACCUAUUUUUUUGACAAUAAGUAAAUAUCUAUUUACAAUCUGUAUACCAUGUGUUUCUUUUACUUGCCUGGGAUGUUAUGUGGAUUUUUGUAAGGAUAAAUCAACAAUGAGGGUUGAUGAACCUUUUUGCCUGUGUCACAUUUGCUUCAGCUGAAUAGGAAUUUUUUAUUGGCCCUUUGCUGAAGUCUAAAUUUACUGUGCAAAGGUAUGAUUCUUAUGCAUUUAAAGUUCUCCAAUGAUUUUUUAAUGCUGUUAA